GUUGCACCCAGAACAUAACUUCCUCCAGCUACUCUGGAAGGUUGGCUUCUGGCUCAGCCCACCCCUCCUGCCAUGGGACUCUCCUUGAAGGAACGGGUCUUCAUGGCCCUCUUGGGAAUUGCAGCAGCUUCAGGCCUCACCAUGCUCAUCCUUAUCCUGGUGAAGGCAACCAAUGUCUUCCUGCCUGCGGACACCAAGUUUGGGAUUGUGUUUGAUGCCGGCUCCUCCCACACAUCCCUGUUUGUGUACCAGUGGCCAGCAAACAAGGAGAAGGACACAGGAGUGGUCAGCCAGGCCCUGACUUGCCAGAUAGAAGGACCUGGGAUCUCUUCCUACAUUUCUGACCCAACACAGGCUGGGAAAAGCCUGAAGAGCUGCCUGGAGAAGGCACUAGCAUUGAUCCCACAAACCCAACAUCAAGAGACGCCCACAUUCUUGGGGGCCACGGCAGGAAUGAGGCUGCUCAGCCAGAAAAACAGCUCUCAGGCAAGUGACAUCCUAGCUGCAGUCUCCCAGACACUAAGCAAUUCUCCUGUGGAUUUUUGGGGUGCCAAGAUCCUGACUGGGAAGGAUGAAGGUGCCUUUGGUUGGAUCACUAUCAACUAUGUCCUGGGAAUGCUCCUCAAGUAUUCCUCUGGACAGUGGAUCCUGCCUGAAGAGAAGAUGCUGGUUGGUGCUCUGGACCUGGGUGGGGCCUCCACCCAGAUCAGCUUCGUGCCUCAAGGCCCCAUCUUGGACCAGAGCACCCAGGCUACCUUCCGCCUGUACGGUGCCAACUACAGCAUCUAUACUCACAGCUACCUGUGCUUUGGGCGAGACCAGGUCCUAAGGAGGCUCCUAGCAGAGCUGGCACAGAGAAGCCCAGUAGCCCUGGUCAGACACCCAUGCUACCAUAGCGGCUACCAGGCCACACUGCCACUGGCUCCACUGUACGAGUCACCCUGUGUCCACACUACAGAUUCCCUGAACCUCACCCAGAACAUCACAGUUGAAGGGACAGGCAACCCUGGGGCCUGUGUGGCAGCCCUCCAACGUCUCUUCAAUUUCUCCAGCUGUAAGGGCCAAGAAGACUGUGCUUUCAAUGGUGUCUACCAGCCUCCUGUGCGCGGUCAGUUCUAUGCAUUUUCCAACUUUUACUACACUUUCCACUUCCUGAACCUCACCUCCAGGCAGCCACUGAACAUUGUCAAUGACACUGUCUGGAAGUUCUGUCAGAAACCUUGGAAACUGGUGGAAGCCAGCUACCCCGGGCAAGAACGCUGGCUACAGGACUAUUGUGCCUCAGGCCUGUACAUCCUGGUGUUGCUGCUGGAGGGCUACAAAUUCAGCGAGGAGACUUGGCCCAACAUCCAGUUCCAGAAGCAGGCAGGUGGCAUGGACAUUGGCUGGACACUGGGCUACAUGCUAAACCUUACAGGCAUGAUUCCAGCUGAGCCACUGAGCCAGUGGCGGGCGCAGAGCUACAGCAUCUGGAUGGCUGGAGUAGUGUUUGCAGUGCUGACCCUUGUGGCCAUUCUAGGAGCUGCUGCAGUCCAGCUCUUCUGGACCCAGGACUAGAUAAAACCAAGCUGAAACAGAUCGCAGAUGCAAUGCACCUGAAGCGAUUCAAGUGCUGGGAUUCAGCAGCAACAACAUAAAUGUUUGCACUGUCUACCUUGUGAGCCACCAUCAACUGCCCUUAGCAAAGGAAGCCUUUAGCACACAAGACACAUCCUGGAUGCCUGCCUUCAUGAACCCCAGACUAUUAAGGGGUCCAGUCCAUCGAGCAGACCAGGAGGACCAAUUCCUGACAAUACUGGCUCCCCUCUGCCCUCAGGGUGACACUGGCUAUGGGGUCUGUAAUCUUCCAAGGAAUGGACCAGGAAGGGGUCUGGGAGGGGCAGCUGUGGGACUAGGGCUACCUCCAAAGGCUGUGGCCAGCGCAGCAGAGACCCCUGCUUAUUCGCUAUAACCAGACUGGACCAGACAGCCAGAAUCCAGAUCUGUGGGCCAACCCAGCUUCCCUCUCCCAAAAACUUGUGGUUGGAUCCCCUUUAUCUCAGUCC